AUGAAAUUCUUCGCUGCUUUGAUUGCCUUCGCCGCUGUUGUCUGCGUUGUUUUGGCCGAUAAAAUGGACAAGAACAAGGAAGGUAUGGUUUCAUCCAGCUAUGGUGGUGCUGCUCCCAGCUAUGGUGGUGGUGCAUCAUACUCAGCUCCACCAUGCCCCAAGAACUACCUCUUCAGCUGUCAACCAAGUGUAGCUCCAGUUCCAUGUGCUCCAGCUGGUUAUGCAGGAGCUUACUCUCAACAAGUUCCACAAUACCUUCCACACCCUGGAUACACACACUACGCACCACAAAACUGA